ACGAAAAGGAAGAUUGAAGUAGGUGAAAGAUUUGGGCCAUAUGUAGGAGAGCAUCGGCCAAGCCUUAAAGAUCCCAGUCAUGGAUGGGAGAUCUUGGAUGAGUAUUACAAUGUGAAAUUCUGCAUUGACGCCAGUCAGCCAGAUGUCGGUAACUGGCUCAAGUAUAUCAGAUUUGCUGGAUGCUAUACUCAGCCCAACCUUGUUGCAUGUCAAAUAAGCAAUCAGAUAUAUUACAGAGUAGUAAGAGACAUUGAACCUGGGGAAGAACUUCUUCUGUUCAUGAAGACUGAAGACUAUUCCCAUGAAACAAUGGCUCCAGACAUUCACGAGGAGCGUCAGUAUCGCUGUGAAGAUUGUGACCAGCUGUUUGAGUCCAAGGCAGAACUGGUGGACCAUCAGAAAUUCCCAUGCAGCACGCCUCACUCGGCCUUUUCUAUGGUGGAAGAGGAAUUCCAGCCAAAGCUUGACAAGGAGAAUGAUCUCCAUGACAUGCAAGACAUCCAAGAGUGCAAAGAAUGUGAUCAAGUGUUCUCUGAUGUACAAAGCUUAGAAAAGCACAUGCUGUCCCACACUGAAGAAAGGGAGUACAAGUGCGACCAGUGCCCCAAAGCCUUUAACUGGAAGUCUAACUUGAUACGCCACCAGAUGUCACAUGACAGUGGGAAGCACUACGAAUGUGAAAACUGUGCCAAGCAGGUUUUCACGGACCCCAGCAACCUCCAGAGGCAUAUACGUUCGCAGCACGUUGGGGCUCGUGCACACGCAUGCCCAGAGUGUGGCAAGACAUUUGCCACUUCUUCAGGCCUCAAACAGCACAAACAUAUCCACAGCAGUGUCAAGCCUUUUAUAUGUGAGGUCUGCCAUAAAUCCUAUACUCAGUUUUCAAACCUUUGCCGUCAUAAGCGUAUGCAUGCUGAUUGCAGAACCCAAAUCAAGUGCAAAGACUGUGGACAAAUGUUCAGCACUACGUCUUCCUUAAAUAAACACAGGAGAUUUUGUGAGGGCAAGAACCAUUUUGCGGCAGGAGGAUUUUUUGGCCAAGGCAUAUCACUUCCUGGAACCCCAGCUAUGGAUAAAUCUUCCAUGGUUAAUAUGAAUCAUGCAAAUCCGGGCCUUGCUGACUAUUUUGGUACCAAUAGGCAUCCUGCUGGUCUUACCUUUCCAACAGCUCCUGGAUUUUCUUUUAGCUUCCCUGGCCUGUUUCCUGCAGGCUUGUACCACAGGCCACCUUUGAUACCUGCUAGUUCUCCUGUUAAAGGACUUCCAAGCACAGACCAAACAAUCAAAAGUCAAAGUCCCCUCAUGACACAUCCUCAGUCACUGCCAGCUACCCAGGAUAUUUUGAAGGCACUAAAUAAGCACCCACCUAACCUAGGUGAAAAUAAGCCAGUGGAGCUUCAACCAGAGAGGUCCUCCGAAGAGAGGCCACAUGAAAAGAUCAGUGACCAAUCAGAGAGUAGUGACCUUGAUGAUGUCAGUACCCCCAGUGGGAGUGACCUGGAGACCACCUCUGGCUCUGAUCUGGAAAGUGACAUUGAAAGUGAUAAAGAGAAAUGUAAAGAAAAUGGUAAAAUGUUCAAAGACAAAGUAAACUCUCUUCAGAAUUUGGCUUCCGUAAAUAAUAAGAAAGAAUACAGCAAUCAUUCCAUCUUCUCACCAUCUUUAGAGGAGCAAACUGCGGUAUCAGGGGCUGUGAAUGAUUCUAUAAAGGCCAUAGCCUCUAUUGCUGAAAAAUACUUUGGUUCGACAGGACUUGUGGGGCUACAAGACAAAAAAGUUGGAGCCUUACCUUACCCUUCCAUGUUUCCCCUCCCAUUUUUUCCAGCAUUCUCUCAGUCAAUGUACCCAUUUCCUGAUAGAGACUUGAGACCGUUACCUUUGAAAAUGGAACCCCAAUCGCCAGGAGAAGUAAAGAAGAUCAUUAAGGGAAACUCCGAGUCUCCCUUUGACCUCACCACUAAACGUAAGGAGGAGAAACCACUUACUCCUGUAACCUCAAAACCAGCAACUCUACCAGUGACCAACCAAGAUCAGCCUCUAGAUUUGAGUAUGGGCAGCAGAAGUCGAGCCAGUGGUACAAAACAGACUGAGCCUCGGAAAAACCACAUCUUUGGAGGAAAGAAAGGAGAUGACCUUGAAUCGAGGAAGUCGUCAUCAGACAUAUCUUUACAGCAUGCAAGGCCUACACCUUUCUUUAUGGAUCCCAUUUACAGGAACGUCGAUCUCCACUGCAAUCAAAGGUGUUUCACCCAAGAACUCAAAACACGUUGUACCAUAGCAACACAAUGUGGAACUCAAGGAGUAGAAAAACGAAAAUUAACCGAUCCACUUGAAGCUUUAAAGGAAAAGUACUUGAGGCCAUCCCCGGGAUUCUUAUUUCAUCCCCAAUUCCAAUUGCCUGAUCAAAGAACUUGGAUGUCCGCCAUAGAAAACAUGGCCGAAAAGCUAGAGAGUUUUAGUGCCCUGAAGCCAGAAGCCAGUGACCUCAUACAGUCCGUCCCUUCCAUGUUCAACUUCCGAGCCCCUCCCAGCACCCUGCCGGAGAACCUUCUACGGAAGGGCAAAGAACGCUAUACCUGCAGAUACUGUGGCAAGAUUUUCCCAAGAUCUGCAAAUCUAACCCGUCACCUGAGGACACACACUGGAGAACAGCCUUACAGAUGCAAAUACUGUGACAGGUCUUUCAGCAUAUCAUCUAACCUGCAGAGACAUGUUCGGAACAUCCACAAUAAGGAGAAGCCCUUCAAAUGUCACCUAUGUGACAGGUGCUUUGGUCAACAAACCAACUUAGAUAGACAUCUCAAAAAGCACGAGAAUGGCAACAUGUCUGGUACUGCUACAUCUUCACCACACUCUGAACUCGAAAGCACAGGGGCCAUCCUAGAUGACAAAGAGGACUCAUAUUUUACAGAAAUUCGGAAUUUCAUUGGGAAUAGUAACCAUAACAAUUCAGAAGAAAGAAUGAAUGGAAGUCACUUUAAAGAUGAAAAGACUUUGGUGGCAAGCCAGAACUCAGACUUGUUGGAGGAUGAAGAAGCAGAAGAUGAAGUAAUGAUGGAUGAAGAAGAUGAAGAAAGUGAGAUAACGGGGAAGCCAGUGAAAGAACCUGUGGCAAGCAGCCUACAUGAAGAGGCCACCGAGGGGGACUACGAAGAAGCAAAUGCUUUGGAAAUGAAUUGCAAGUCUUCUCCUGGCAGGUAUAAGGAAGAUGAAUUUAAUAAAACUGGACUUUCUGCUUUGGACCAUAUAAGGCACUUCACUGAUAGCCUCAAAGUGAGGAAAAUGGAAGAAAACCAGUUUAGUGAAGCUGAACUGGCGUCAUUCAGCACCUCCCAUCUGCCAGAAGACUUAAAGCAACCAUUGUAUCGCAAGUCCAAAUCCCAGGCGUAUGCCAUGAUGCUUUCGCUCUCUGACAAGGACACCCUCCACUCGGCAUCCCACAAUUCCUCUAACAUGUGGCACAGUAUGGCAAGAGCCGCUGCAGAAUCCAGUGCUAUCCAGUCUAUCAGUCAUGUAUGACACCGUCAAUGCAACUGGAUUGGGACCAAGUCCAAACUAGCAACGUGGCUCUUUCCUAGAAGACUAUUUAAAAGACUGCGGAGCAGAUGCCUUAGAAAUCUGAUGGGUCACAUUUAAAGUCAGGUGACCUUAAACUGAACAAUUUGAAAGAAAGAAAAAAACUAUUUAUUCUCAAUAUUUUGUUUUGCACAGCGAAGGCAGCUGCUGACAUUUUGAGGAUCAAUGCGACUUUCAAAAUACAUGGAUCAAAUAGACCUUGAUUAGAAAAUAUGUGUCUUCCACUCCACCUGCUUGGAGAGGGACUAAUGGGUUGAGGCUUGUAUUCAUACACAAUCGCGCACACACAAGCACUUCAUUAAACUCAAAUGGAAUUGUUUUCCUUUUUUGUUAGGGGCGGGGUUAGCGUGUAGAGAAAUUGGAGCAAGGAUUAGGAACAGUUGCUUUCCUGUACAAAUCCUCUUCAUAUAUGCUUUAUGCAUUUAAAACCAUUGAAGGAAAACAAAGCAGUUUUCUCAAACAUACACCAGCCAUUAGCCUUGAACACAGCGACAAGGAAUUGCUUGCCCUCUCCUUAACUUUUGCCUUCUGACCUGCAUUGUAAAAAAAAAAAAAACUCCUUAAAAAUAAAAACUAGAAACCAACAUGAGACAAUAAUGUAAGAUGUCUGUGUAUAUUGUAAAAAAAAAAAAACGGGAAAAUUCAUCUUUUCAAGGAGAUGAGCCUUUCAGCGUAUGACUAGCAAAAAGACCACAGCCACAUACCACUAUAGUUCAAGUGUUUCCCUGAUCAAUGUAAUGACAUUUUAAUUUUAGACAAUCAUGUCAUUGUUCUGUUUUUUGUUUGUUUGUUUUGUUGGUGUUGUUCAUUGGUUGCUCUCGAUUUUUCUUUCUCUCUGUUUUGGUGUUGCGUGUACCAUGUAUUUAUUUGUUGGCAAACAAUUGUUUGUGGAUUGAGAAAAAAAAAAGCACUCUUGCUAAAUGUAGCACUGUUCUUCUGAAAUCCAUAGCACUGUUCCAGUCCCCCACCCUAUCAUUUUUCUGGGCACCCAUGGACUUCAAAAGGAAAAAAAGGGGAGGCAAAUGGAUCUGCAUAUACAGACAUGCAAACAGUGUUCGAAAAGAUUUCUUACAUUCCUCUUUUACUAUUUUUUUUCCUUUUUAAUGAAACUAAAUGAUGAAUAGAGAUGAUUUAGAGUCUUUUUUUGUAAUACAGCAAAAUGAUUCAAAUGUAUAAAGCAUUCUGAUUUUUUUUUCUUCAUGAAAGCAUGAUUCUUCUGAUUAAAAAGAAAAAAGAAAACUGUA